AUUACUAUUAUUUUUUCGUUUGAUGUCUCUUUGUGCUGUGCAUACCAUUUUCCUCUUUAUGAUCUUCCCAUGCCACAGUGAAUUCCACUACGAUUUGCUGUCAUCUUAUUAUAUAAAGGGCUCUCUGUAACCAUAAGAAACCCUCUGUUUUUUCUCUCCCUUCCAAGUGUCCAUCGGAUGCAAUCAAUUCUCAAACAAUUAUGUGAGUGAGAGUGUCGCCAAAAAUAAAACCACUUCCACUUAAUAUGGCCACGGUUCGCAAAUUGAUAGUUGAAGUUGUUGAGGCACGCAAUCUAUUGCCGAUAGACGGCAAUGGCACGUCCAGCCCGUACGUCCAGAUCGACUUCUACGGGCGGCGAAAGCGAACGCGAACUAAAAUUCGUGAUCUCAACCCGACAUGGAAUGAGUUGCUCGAGUUCAACGUGGAUAAGCCAUCGGAAGUUUUCGGUGACAUGCUUGAGGUCGACAUUUACCACGACAGGAGCCAUGGACAGACAAGGAAGAACAAUUUUCUGGGUCGGAUUAGGUUGAACUCUACGCAGUUCGUUAGGAAAGGCGAGGAGGCUUUGAUGUAUUUCCCUUUGGAGAAGAAGAACAUCUUCUAUUGGGUUCGAGGUGAUAUUGGGCUGAAGAUAUAUUUCGUCGAUGAGGUCGUCCCACCACCGACGCAGCCUUCACCACCACCGGUUGAUUCGCCGGCUCCUCCGGAAAAUGAACCAAAGCCUCCGUCCGAAGCCAAUGGGAAUGAAGAAUCUGCUGCUCCUCCACCCGAGCCGACGGCUCCGGCUGAUGCUCAAAAGCCCAAUGAAGAGCCACCUGCUGACGCUAAAGGGGCAUCUAAUCUAGCCCCAGAAGCUGAGCCACCAACUGAAAAUGUCGCUCCUGAUCAAGUGGAGAAGCCGACAGAAGUGUCCGAGUCUGAGCCUCCACAGCCAUCAGAAAAGAAUGAAGAUCAAACGGACCAACCACCACUUAAAGAGUGCAAGCAACCCUAUCCUCAGAUCGGAAUGAUGGCAACAUCGGUACCGAUAUCGCCGGAUAGCGCUCCAGAAGCCAGUUUCUCUAAGAUCAGCUGUCCAAAACCUAUAAAAAUGACGAUGGGGCGGGAAAAAUUUACUGCUUUGGAUCCAACGGAAAGCAUGAAAAUUGAACCGCCGUCAUUCGAACUCGUAGAGAAGAUGCACUAUCUGUUCGUUCGAGUGGUGAAAGCGAGGUCGCUCCCCACCAAUGGCAAUCCGGUGUUGGAAAUUUUGGCUUCAAGCCACCAUGUCAGAUCCAAACCCGCCCGCAAAACUGAUCAUUUGUUCGUGUGGAACCAAACAUUUGCUUUCGGCCACGACGCUCCAGAUUCUUCGUCCCUCUUAGAAGUCAGUGUUUGGGACCCGCCUCCAAACUCCGAGAAGCACGGACGCGGCACUUUUUUAGGUUGGGUUGGUUUCGAUGUGACAGAAAUCCCACUACGGGACCCACCAGAUAGCCCGCUGGCCACACAGUGGUACCGAUUGGAAGGAAAAGGGCCCCACAGUGGAGACCUCAUGCUUGCCACGUGGGUUGGCACACAAGCUGACGAGGCAUUCCCGGAUGCAUGUAAGACGGACAUGGCUUAUAAUGUUAACUCCCAAGCCAAAGUAUACCAAUCCCCAAAGCUGUGGUACCUUCGAGCCACCGUCCUCGAUGCCCAGGAUAUUCUCCCCCUAAUGGCGUCAAAAGAAUCCUCCUUCCAAGUCAGAGCCCAGCUGGGACUCCAAAUUUCGAAAACCAAGCUCUCUGUUUCACGCAACGGCACCCUGUCCUGGAAUGAAGACUUGAUGUUCGUCGCUGCAGAGCCAUCUAAUGACCGCCUGGUUCUCACUCUGGAAAACCGACAACCCAAAGCAACGGUAAUAAUAGGUGUGGUUAGAAUACCACUCACUGCCAUCGAAAGGCGGGUGGACGACCGACCAAUUUCCUCAACUUGGUUCAGUUUUGAGGACCCAGACAAGGAGAAGAGGAUGUACAAAGGCAGGGUCCAGCUCCGCUUGUGCUUUGACGGUGGUUAUCAUGUGAUGGACGAGGCCACCCAUGUUUGCAGCGAUUAUCGUCCCACUGCUCGGCAACUAUGGAAACCACCAAUUGGUAAGGUCGAGCUCGGCAUCAUCAGUUGCAAGAACCUGACACCGAUGAAGACUGUAAGCGGUAAAGGCUCCACAGAUGCAUACUGCGUCGCCAAAUACGGUUCCAAGUGGGUACGUACUCGAACCGUUUUUGACAGCUUGGAUCCUAAAUGGAACGAGCAGUACACGUGGCAGGUGUAUGACCCAUGCACUGUGUUGACAAUUGGAGUUUUCGACAGUUGGGCAGUACAUGGAAUGGAGGAAGGCUCCAAGGAAAGCACACGUCCCGAUUUCUGCAUUGGCAAGGUUCGAGUACGCCUCUCUACAUUGCAAAUUAGUAAAGUGUACAGAAGCAAAUACCCGUUGCUGGUUUUGUACAAUUCAGGGAUGAAGCAGAUGGGUGAGGUGGAGAUCGCCAUAAGAUUUGCACGUGCGGUUCCCAGGAUGGACAUUGUCCAUGUCUACUCGCAGCCUUUGCUGCCAUUGAUGCACCAUAUCAAGCCGCUUGGCAUGGACCAGCAAGAUAUGUUGAGGAACACAACCGUGAAGAUCGUCGCAGAGCAUUUGUCCCGAUCCGAACCACCACUUAGGCGGGAGGUCGUGUUUUACAUGCUCGACGCGGACACACACGCCUUCAGCAUGCGAAAGCUACGUGUAAACUGGUUUAGGAUCGCCAACGUGAUUACCGGUUUUAUCGACAUUGCGAGGUGGAUAAACGACACGCGUUUGUGGAAGAAUCCGACUUCUACAAUACUCGUGCACGCCUUGUUUGUCAUGCUGGUUUGGUUCCCCGAGCUAAUUGUCCCAACGUUGGCAUUCUACGUAUUCGUGGUUGGUGGUUGGAACUACAGGUUUCGUGCGCGAGAUUCACUCCCACAUUUUGACACGCAGAUCUCGUUGGUUGAUACCGUUGAUCGUGACGAGCUCGACGAGGAGUUCGACACUGUGCCGUGUAACAGGCCGAACGAGGUCGUGAGUGCUAGGUACGACAAGCUACGCAUAAUUGGGGCACGCGUGCAAAGGGCGCUGGGAGACAUUGCGACGCAAGGCGAACGGGCGCAAGCGUUGGUGACAUGGAGGGACCCGCGUGCGAGCGGAAUAUUUGUGGGGCUGUGUUUUGUGGUGGCGAUGAUACUGUAUAUGGUGCCGUCCAAGAUGGUGGCCAUGGCGUUUGGUUUCUAUUAUUUCCGCCAUCCUCUUUUCCGCAAUCGGAUGCCGUCACCGGCCUUGAAUUUCUUUAGGAGGCUUCCUUCCCUAGCUGACCGAAUCAUCUAGUCUUGUAAUAAUGACAAAGGCCUAUUGGCUACGAGAAGUUAUAAAAAAUAAAUGCGACCUUUACUUUUUAUCUCCUCUCAUCAUGUUAACGUCAUAUAUACCAUGCACCGAUUUUAGUGUUA